UGCAUUCACUGAACGUCAUCUGAUGCCCUCAGCUGCAGAAGAAGGAGGCUCUAAUAUAGUGUCCUGAAAACACCAGGAUUUGAUUUCAUCUGGUUGCCUGCAUGAUAACUGUGAUACCAGGAUAACUAAAAAAUUUGGGUGUGUCCUGUGGAUUUUGACUCUCCAUGAAGCCACAAAGGAUGUUGACAUGGAAUCUGCCAACAGAAGUAUGGUAAAGGCUUUUAUCAUCCUGGGGUUCCCUGCUCCUCUACAGCUCCGCAUGUUCUUCUUCACCCUAGUUUUGCUCACCUAUGUACUCACUGUCACUGCCAAUGUCAUCAUUAUCUUAGUCAUUAAGGCAAACCGUAAACUACAGCGCCCCAUGUACUACUUCCUUGGGAAUUUUUCCUUCAUGGAGAUCUGGUAUACAACUUCUACUGUGCCUAAGAUGCUGGAAACCUUCCUUAUGGGUGGGAGUACAAUCUCUGUGGAAGGUUGCAUUGUCCAGCUCUACCUUUUCUUUGCCUUGGGCUCCACAGAGUGCUUCCUUCUGGCUACUAUGGCUUAUGACCGUUACCUGGCCAUCUGCCGCCCUCUGCAUUAUCCAGCACUUAUGACUCUACAAGUCACUACCUGGCUGGUGAUCGCAGCCUGGAUGGGUGGGUUCCUGGCCCCUUUGGUUCCCAUCAUCCUCAUCUCCCAGCUCUCAUUUUGUGAGCCUAAGGAAAUCCACCAUUUCUUUUGCGAUGCUGGGCCCUUGCUGAGGCGGUCAUGUGGCCGUGCGGCUCUCAGCUCUACACUGGUCUCAGUGCUGGCCUCCCUUGUCAUCCUCAGCAGCUGCCUGCUCACCAUGGUGUCUUACAUCUUCAUCAUCUCAACCAUCCUCCGCAUCCCCUCAGCUAGUGGGAGGCAGAAGGCCUUUUCCACUUGCGGCUCUCACCUCGCCGUGGUGGUGAUUUACUACGCUACAGUCAUCUUCAUCUACGUACGGCCCAUCCCCGCUUCCUCCUCCAACCUGGACACGGUGGCAUCUGUCUUUUAUGCAGUGGUCACCCCACUACUCAAUCCAAUGAUUUACAGCCUAAGGAACAAAGAGGUGAAGGAUGCUCUGAAGAAGCUGAUGAGCAGCAACCGAGUGUUUAUGAAGAGUAUUAGCACUCUGAUCAUGGGUUGCCAUUAGACCAGGCGUUAUAUGGGCAAGAGUAAUUAAGCUCCUUGGCUUUGAUGUGCCAAAACCUCUCUUUCUUUGGGUAUGUCUACACUGCAGACUUAGGCUGGUUUCACAAUUAUUCUGUGGCACCAGAGAAUCUUGGGAAGUGAAAUUCUGACUUUGUGGGAGGGAAUAUGGCAGAGCUGCACAAUGUUGGCCCUCCUGCAGAUGUUUGAUUACAACUCCUAUCAUUUCUGACUAUUGGCCACUUUGGCUGUGGUUGAUAGGAAUUGUAGUCCAGCAAUAGCUGGAGGGUCAAUGUUGUGAAGCCCUGGACUAGGGGGUUAUAAUGGAGAACUUGCUUCACUCUCCUCAAGCUGCAAUUCUCAGGAUCCAGGCAAUUCCCAGAGUGAUAUAAACACAAUUAAGGUUUAUAGUGUUUCUCCGGGUCAAAAUAUGUUAUGUUAUAUUUGUAGUUUGACCAUGAAACUACAAUGAAUAUUGAUAAGAAUCUGCUAUUGGCACCACCAGCAGUUUCCCUCCUGGGGCUAAUAGCAACUUCUUUGGGGCAUUUUCAUUAGGGCAGGGUAGAAAGGGAAAGGGUUAAAUGCUCCCUCUUCACACACCAUGGUCCCAAGCCAGAUGCUUCUGAAGCUGCUAUUUAGAGUUUAAAAGCUCACAAACAUACAAGGCCAAACUAGCUGUUCCACAUUAAUGGCCCUCACUCAUAUUUUAUGAUUGACCCCAAUAUUCCACAUGUGCCUAAUUCUUGUGAAUAAUCCCAUUAUAUUUCAUAAUGAUCAAUGUUUGUGGAAUUGAUUACAUUGUCUUUGUACAUAUAUCCUUUAUAAAGGGGAAAUGUAUUUAUUUAAAAGGUGUUAAUAUCUGGUUGGGUUUUGCUUUUCCUGCACUAAGUGUUAAAUAACAUUUUGUCAAAAAGUGUUUGUUGAACAAUAAAAUGGAUGUUGAA